GCACAACUAACGGACAUAAACCCGAUCGAGGGAUGUAUAUAAUCACCCAUUUCCCCAUUGCCAUCUUCUAUUCUCUCUCCGUUUCAACCCCCCUCUCAUCCAUCCGACAUUCAUUAUACAUUAUCUCCCUUUUAUAGUAAUAACGAUGAAGCUUACCGUUUUGGUCACUUUGGCAUUGGUCAGUCUUGCUUCUGCAAAAGAUGCAACUUCAUUCAUCUUGAAAGAACGGGUUCCAGAACCAACAGAAUGGAUCAAACGUGGUCCUGCACCUGAUUCACAUGUUAUGCGACUCAACUUUGGAUUGAAACAACGUGGUAUCGAUCAAUUGGAAACUCAAUUGCUAGACGUUUCAACUCCUUCUUCUCAAAAUUACGGUAAAUACUUAACCCAAGCUCAAGCCGAUCAAUUCUUACAACCAGCCGAACAAGCAACUUCUUCCGUUCGUCGUUGGUUAGCAGAACAUGGUGUCGAAGAAGAUUUGGCAAAACGUAGUCCUUCGGGUGAUUGGUUAAGUGCAACUUUAACAGUAGCAAAAGCACGUUCUCUUUUGGGCGAUGCUCAAUUUAACAUUUACGAACAUCGUUCAACAGGUGAACAAUUGGUUCGUACAACAGAGUACAGCGUUCCUCGUGAUGUUACUGAACAUUUGGAUUUGGUCAGUCCAACAACUUAUUUCCGUCAAAUUCGCGCUCAUGGUUCAGGUGCCAUCUUUGAACCUUUGGAAAAAGACUUUAAGCCAGUGACAGGUUUACAACGUAUUUCUGCAAACCAACAAGCAUCUACCAACGCUCAAGUUGCAGCCGGUCAACCAACUUCUUGCAACGCAACCCGUGUUACCGCUCAAUGCUUGCGUGACUUUUAUCAAACUUCUGAUUACAAAGUUCAAAGUACAUCAAAUCAAAUCAUCGGUAUCUCUGGUUUCUUGGACGAAUUUGCAAAUUAUGCAGAUUUACAACAUUAUCUUGUUAACGAAAGACCAGAAGCUGCAAAGGCAAAUUACAAAUUUGAUUUGGUCAAACUUGCAGGCUCAAACAACUCACAAGCAGAUCCAGGUGUUGAAGCUAACUUGGACGUUCAAACUGUUGCUGGUAUUGGAUUCCCAAUCCCAUCAACCUAUUACUCCACCGCAGGCAGUCCACCAUUCAAGCCUGAUGAACUCACUCCAACAAACACCAACGAACCUUACACAACCGAAUUUGAAUACUUGAUCCGUCAACCUGAUGACAAAUUACCUGCAAUCUUGUCCACAUCAUACGGUGAUGAUGAACAAACCGUUCCUCUUUCUUAUCAACGUCGUGUUUGUUAUGAAGCAGCAAUUUUGGGCUUGCGUGGUACAACCGUUCUUUUCUCUUCCGGUGAUAACGGUGUUGGUCCUGACGGUAAAUGUGUUUCAAACAAUGGCAAAAACACACGUAUGUUCUUGCCUGCUUUCCCUGCUUCUUGCCCUUACGUUACCACCGUUGGAGGAACGCAAAACUUUGCACCUGAACGUGCCGUUGGACCUUCGUUCUACGGAGGAGGUGGUUUCUCAAACACAUGGCCUCAACCCGUUUGGCAACGUGAAGCAGUUGAUGCAUACAUUGCAUCUUUGAACGGAGAAUACGAUGGAUUGUACAACAAAAAAGGUCGUGCUUAUCCAGAUCUUUCUGCACAAAGUUUAGACUUUAUCAUUUCGAUUAACGGUACUUUUGGACGUGUGAGCGGUACUUCUGCUUCUACUCCUUUGACUUCAGGUAUCCUUGCUCUUUUGAACGAUAAACGUUUGGCUGAAGGAAAGCCAAAGCUUGGUUUCUUGGCUCCUGCUUUGUACCUUGGUGCAGGCGCAAAUGGUCUUAACGAUAUUACCGAAGGAAGCAACAAAGGAUGCGACACUGAUGGUUUCCCAGCAAAGAAAGGAUGGGAUGCUGCUACUGGUUGGGGUACGCCCAACUUUAAGAAAUUGAGUGCCGUUUUGGGUUAAACGGGCUGGUGCUCUUUCUUUAUUCUUAUCACACUUUUCUUACUCAAUACUCUUUUACUAUAAUUUACUC